UUUGUUGAACUACUAAAUUAAAACGUGAAUUACAUUUGAUUCUUCACUUCCACCAUUAUAUAUAUCUCUCUCUUUUAAAAAUCAAUUGUUUCACUCACCCAUUACUUCACCAGAAUCCCAUUUCUCAUCGCCGAUGGAGGAAGCUAAAGUUGUUGGCGUUAAAGACGGAACUACAGCUGCAUUCACUGCUCAUCAAGAAGUUAUCGAAGCUAAAGAUGGAGAUAUUGCUGUUCCUACUGCCUUUGCGGGUCAUCAAGAAGUUGUUGAAGCCAAAGACGGAACUAUCUCAGUGGCAUCUGCAUUUGCUGGUCAUCAAGAAGCUGUUCAGGAUAGAGAUCACAAAUUCUUGACAAAAGCAGUUGAAGAGGCGUACAAAGGCGUAGAUAGUGGAGAUGGAGGUCCUUUUGGUGCUGUUGUAGUACACAAUGACGAAGUGGUCGUUGGGUGCCAUAACAUGGUCCUCAAGCACACAGACCCCACUGCUCAUGCAGAGGUUACAGCAAUAAGAGAGGCUUGUAAGAAGCUCAACAGGAUUGAGCUCUCAGACUGUGAGAUAUAUGCAUCAUGUGAGCCAUGUCCCAUGUGUUUUGGCGCGAUCCAUCUCUCUAGAAUCAAGAGAUUGGUGUACGGAGCCAAAGCUGAAGCUGCCAUUGCCAUCGGGUUUGAUGACUUCAUAGCAGAUGCAUUGAGAGGAACUGGGUUUUACCAAAAGGCUAAUCUCGAAAUCAAAAGAGCGGAUGGGAACGAGGCGAUGAUUGCAGAGCAGGUAUUUGAGAAAACAAAGGAGAAAUUCAGACUCUACUGAAAAGAAUAUUUGUUGAUGAAAUUAUUCCCUAACACUUGCUCACUCCAUUAACUCAACAAAUGCCCUCUUGUGACUCUUCAGAUAAAGAAUAUUACUCAAUUGUAAGUGUUUGCUGAUGCAUUUAACGCUUAAGAAAAUGUGAUUUGUCAGUAUCAUAUUCUGUAUA